AUGCAGUCCGUUCUCUCCAAAACUGAGGUCUCUUCUCCUCCUUUCGACCCCGACGAACAUCGUCGUCUGGCCUUUGAGCGCAUCGAAAAUUCCCGUUCCGGCUGGCAUCAUCUACGUGCUGUCGUUGUCGCCGGCGUGGGGUUCUUCACCGAUGCCUACGAUAUCUUCGCCAUCAACCUCUGUGUGAGUAUGCUCGGCGUGGUAUACUGGCAGGAUGCAAAGCACAACCCCGGUAAACUUCCCACCAACUCCGACACAGCCCUCAAAGUCUCGACUUCCGGUGGCACCGUCAUCGGUCAGUUGCUCUUUGGCUAUCUCGCCGAUCGUUAUGGCCGCAAGCGCAUGUAUGGUAUCGAAUUGAUUAUCAUCAUCUUCGCGACUCUGGCCCAGUCUCUCGCGGCUGCCUCCCCAGCUGUCUCCAUCACCGGCGUCCUCAUCUUCUGGCGUGUCAUUAUGGGCAUUGGCAUUGGUGGAGACUACCCUCUUUCCUCCAUCAUUACGUCCGAAUUCGCCAAUACCAAAUGGCGUGGCGCCAUGAUGGGGUCGGUCUUCGCCAUGCAGGGCAUCGGCCAGUUCGCCGCAGCCAUCAUGGCCCUCAUCGUGACCGCCGGUUUUCAAAAAUCCCUCGAAUCUGCCAAGGACGUCGCACACUGCUCGGGGGUCUGUCUACUCGCCGUCGACAAGAUGUGGCGUACCAUCAUUGGCAUGGGAGCAGUCCCCGGAUUGAUAGCUCUGUACUUCCGACUCACUAUCCCCGAAUCCCCUCGUUACACGCUGGAAGUCUCGCGUGACCCUGUCAAGGCAGAAGCCGAUAUUCAGGCCUACAUCAAGGGUUUCCGAGAGGGUAACCCGGAUGAGAUGCAGCGUAUCCAAGUCCAGCGCAACGACCGCAUUGAGGCUAUUACAAAGGCGAGCUGGAAGGACUUUGCACUUCAUUACUGGAACUGGAAGAAUGGCCGGACUCUCCUGGGGACUGCUGGUUCCUGGUUCUUCUUGGAUGUCGCAUUCUACGGUCUCGGUCUCAACAACUCGAUCAUCCUCGGCGCCAUCGGCUGGACAGGCGGGAAAAACGUCUACCAAAUCUUCUACCGAAACGCCGUAGGCAAUCUGAUCCUGAUCUGCGCCGGCGCCAUCCCAGGAUACUGGGUAACCGUCGCAACCGUCGACACAAUCGGACGCAAACCAAUCCAAAUCGGCGGCUUCGCAAUUCUAACCAUCCUCUUCAUCGCCAUCGGCUUCGGGUUUCAAAAACUACAACAUUCCCACAACGGCCUGCUGGGCCUCUACGUGAUUGCGCAAUUCUUCUUCAAUUUCGGACCUAACGCGACGACCUUCAUUGUCCCGGGCGAAUGUUUCCCAACCCGAUACCGCUCAACAUCUCACGGGUUCAGUGCUGCGGCUGGCAAGGUCGGCGCCAUUAUUGCGCAGUGUGUGUUCGGACCGCUCGUGCAUCGCGGUGCGAAGAAGGACUCGUCUGAUUCGCCGUGGUUGAAUCAUGUUAUGCAGAUCUUUGCGCUGUUUAUGUUUUGCGGGAUCUUUACUUCGUUGUUGAUUCCUGAGACGAAGCGGAAGACAUUGGAGGUGUUAUCUGGGGAGAUACAUCCUCUUUUACGGCCUCAAAUCGCGGGUGUACAGGAUGGUGCGAGGAAUGAGGAUGCGGAGAAGGGGAAUAUGAAUGUGAAUUCGAAUCUAAAUACGGUGGAUGGGAAUCGGAAUCAGAAUGGAGAUGAGAGUGUUUUGGCUCGAGUUGAGGCGGCUUGA